AUGUCAUCCAUAUUAAAACAAAGAGUUAGAUAUGCUCCAUAUCUCAACAAAUUAAGAACAGGUGAAGAAUGCAUCAAUCUUUUCAAAAAUGGUCAAUAUCUCGGUUGGUCUGGUUUCACUGGUGUUGGUGCACCAAAAGUUAUUCCAACUGUCCUUGCUGAUCAUGUCGAGCAAAACAACUUAAAGGACAAAUUGGGUUUCCAUUUAUUCGUUGGUGCCAGUGCUGGUCCCGAAGAAGGUAGAUGGGCUAAUAACAAUAUGCUUUUAUCGAGAUCUCCGCAUCAAGUUGGAAAACCAAUUGCUGCUGCUAUCAAUGAUGGUAGAACUCAAUUCUUUGACAAGCACUUGUCAAUGUUUCCUCAAGACUUGACUUAUGGUUUCUACACCAAAGAUAAACCAAAUGGUCACAAUUUGGACAUCACCAUUAUUGAAGCCACUGCUAUUAAAGAAGAUGGUUCAAUUGUUCCUGGUCCUGCAGUUGGUGCUUCGCCAGAAAUGAUUUCAGUUUCCGAUAAAGUGAUUAUUGAAGUCAAUACUAAAACCCCAUCGUUUGAAGGUAUCCACGAUAUAGAUAUGCCAGUUAAUCCACCAUUUAGAACACCUUACCCUCACACGUCAGCUGAUUACAAGAUUGGUCAAAAUUCGAUCCCAAUUGACCCUAGUAAGGUUGUUGCUAUUGUUGAAAGUACCACAGGUGACAAGGUCCCACCAAACACUGCUAGUGAUGAACAAUCGAAAUCGAUUGCUAACCAUUUAGUCGAAUUUUUAGAACACGAAGUGAAACAAGGUAGAUUACCAGAAAACUUGCAUCCUUUACAAUCAGGUAUUGGUAACAUUGCCAAUGCUGUUGUUGAAGGCUUGGCUUCGUCCAAUUUCAAAAACUUGACGGUAUGGACUGAGGUUUUGCAAGAUUCAUUCCUAGAUUUCUUUGAAAGUGGUUCAUUGGACUACGCCACAGCCACUUCAAUCAGGUUAACUGAAGAAGGAUUUGAAAAGUUUUACGAGAAUUGGGACACUUAUUCCAAAAAGUUGUGUCUUAGAUCACAAGUUGUAUCGAACUCACCGGAAAUCAUUAGAAGAUUGGGGGUUAUUGCCAUGAACACUCCUGUUGAAGUUGACAUAUAUGCCCAUGCAAACUCCACCAAUGUCAUGGGUUCAAGAAUGUUGAAUGGUUUGGGUGGUUCAGCUGAUUUCUUGAGAAAUGCCAAAUUGUCCAUCAUGCACACUCCAUCGGCAAGACCAACAAAGACCGACCCUACUGGUGUUUCAUGUAUUGUCCCAAUGGCUCCUCAUGUCGACCAAACUGAACAUGAUUUGGAUGUUGUUGUUACUGAACAAGGUUUGGCUGAUUUGAGAGGAUUGUCACCAAAGGAAAGAGCUAAGGUUAUCAUUGACAAGUGUUCUCAUCCAGACUACAAGGACCAAUUGCAAGAAUAUUUCGAUAGAGCGGUUUACGAAUGUACUAAGAAGAAGACUUUGCAUGAACCACACUCCUUAAGAGAUGCGUUCAAGAUGCAUUUGAAUCUCCAAGAUAAUGGAACCAUGAAAUUGGAUUCAUGGUGA